UUCCCCGGCCGAACGUCUCGGCCAUUAUUAUCGCUCCUAACAACCUGAAAAGGAUUCCAUUUCCCUCGUGUUUCUGAUAAUAAUUUCCUAUAAAUUUUCCCCAGUCGCCUCCAGCGCGCGGUCUAUAGAGGACGUGUCGGUGCGCUCCCGUCAUAUCAAAAAUACAGUGCAACACAACAGCUGUGAGAGAUACAAUAAAAAAUAUAUUGUUAAUAGUGUUUUUUGAUCAAUAAUAUUGGAUAGUUUUAAACGGUACAAGGAAAUGAGUGACAAGCUAUAGUGAAGUGAAUCAUCUCAUAAUGGCAGUGAACAGUCCCGGUGGAUAUCCUCCCGUGUCCCCCAAGCCCCACACUCCUAAAAGUCCUCGACAUUUCGUUUUCCCUCAAAAAAGUCCCUCCAUCACAUCAAGCACCUCCUCAUCUGGUUACUACACUCCCCAGUCUGGCUGUAGCUAUGACAAACACAACCAACCACCAAAGUCUCCAAUCGCUCAUGGCCAUAGAAGUCCUAUUAGUCCAAGACAUUUCAAUUUUCCACAAAAUCAAUCGGGACGCUCCAGUCCCAGCAAUUUUGAUCGAUCCCAUGGCCUGCAUUACACCACAUCACUGAAGCAUAGCCGCCGCGAAAAAUCCAGGUCCCCAAAGCCACCACCCGUGCACAUUCAUACAAACCCUGGCUACGUAUCACCAAAUCGUACCAGAAAAUUAUACGGUUCUACUUCCACAGUGAAUUCGCCGAGACUCGUGACUUCUCCAAGUAUUGUGUCGAGCCAUACUGACGACUCGACGGAUGCGAUGCCCGGAACCCCUUCCGCAGUAGUCCACGACGCUGAUGAUGAGGCAACGACCACAUCCUCAAGGAUUUGUAGGAAAUCUACGUCAGAUCUUACUGAUAUGACGGAUGAUACCCCGCAGACCAGGUCUACAAGUGUCAGUAGACCGUGUUCCCCAAUGAGACGGGGCUCAAUGAAGGGUGGCUUGGCAUAUUUAGCCAGUAGAAGAGGUUCGAGGGAGUCCACGAUGUCAAAUUGUGAUUCAGUGGAAGAUAUCGGGCCGUUAAACUUUCAAAAUACAAUGCGCGGUCGACAAAGAAGAACCUCGAACUUUCUGGAAUUACCAGUCGUGGAACACUCCAGACCUCGAGUGUGUUCUCUACCAGAGAAGCCGUACAACCCCCGUCUCUCCGACGACCUAUAUAGGCUACGGACCUUCUCCAUCACCACCAAGGGCGGCGUCGUCAACUGCGGAGACUCCAUCUGCAACCGCAGAAGUCGUUCCAAUACCUCAGUCAAUUCUACUAAUAGCAGAGCAUCAGACAGAUCGCCUUUUGACGGUUCCUGUUGCUCAGGGUAUCGGCCUGUUGACUCCGCCAGUCUGACCACACCUGAUGAGGAUGAUCUCGAUGCGAUACCAAAGUACAGGGUCGUGUUGCUAGGAGACGCGGGCGUUGGGAAAACUGCACUCGUGUCUCAGUUCAUGACGUCAGAAUACAUGAAUACGUACGACGCUAGUCUGGAUGACGAGUUUGGCGAGAAAUCGGUGUCGGUGCUCCUUGAUGGCGAAGAAUCUGAAUUAAUAUUUAUUGACCACCCCAGCACUGAAAUGUCGGUGGAAAAUUGUCUAUCAACGUAUGAGCCGCACGCAUGCGUCGUGGUAUACUCCGUGGUGGCCAAGAGUUCGUUCCUCAGAGCCGGUGAGCUGCUCUCCUACUUGGCAAAAGAACAGUUCAUAGCCGAUAGGACCGUGGUAUUGGUGGGCAAUAAGGCUGAUUUGGCAAGAGCAAGACAAGUAUCGACCAAUGAGGGAAAAGCUUUGGCGACAACAAAAGACUGCAAGUUUAUAGAAACCUCUUCGGGUAUUCAGCACAAUGUGGAUGAACUACUAGUUGGAAUUCUUAAACAGAUACGAUUGAAGGAGAGCAGGGAGAAGAAACAGGCUAAAAAAGUUGGGAAACAGGAGGCGAAACCGUCGAAACUGGCCAGUUCUCGAACGCACAUCUCUCUCAGCAUUGCUCGGGAAAUACUUCAAAAGAUUUGCAUCAAUGACAUUUCAAAGUCGAAGUCCUGUGAAAACUUACACGUCCUGUAAUCUUCUGUAUUCCUGGUACUCUUCAUCGAUGUGACUGCUGUUAUUUAAUAUUUCUGAAUAUAAUUCAGGUACUAUGACUUGAAAACAAUUAGGUAAGUAACUAUUUUUAGAAAAUAAGUUGAGAUUAUAGUUUUAACAUGGUUUACAAAAAAUAAAGAUAUAUAUAUAUAUAUAUAUAUAUAUAUAUAUAAAAUUGACAAAGAAUUACUGAUAGAAAUGAUACAUGUUUGAAACAAUGAGGUUUACGUUUGUGAGACAAAAAAACUUUAAAUUAUUGAUCACAUACAUUUUUUUUAUUAAUUUACUAAAAAUUUAUUUAAUAUGUAUAUUAAAAAAAGUCUUGGUUAUUCGUGCAUUAAUUCAUAAUUUUGAG